AUGGCUCUCAUCCGCCGUGUCGAGGGCAAGAUCUUGGUGCCCAAACGCAUGCGAUCAGGGAAGGGUGGUUCGGAGUCGAGAUUCGUAGGACUUUGGGGUGUGCGGCAGUGGCAGGUUCGCUCAGUCAAUUCGAAAGGCCAGUCGAAAGGCGUCGGCAGCCGAUGUGAGGUGUUCUACGUUGGAUGGAACGGUCGCCGUUGGGGAAGGGGAACGGCAAGCGGCAGAGAACCAGGGCGGAUAGACUUGAAUCAUGGAACGAGUGAAGAGCCGUCGAGCUGA